AUGGGAACUGCAGUGUCCAAAAGGAAGAAUCUGAGAAAUGAUGCGAUUUCUUCGGUGGCAGCCAAAGUUAGAGCAGCUCGUGCAUUUGGAGAGUAUCUUCACACCCAUCCUGAGAACUGCAACGGAUCAGAUCACCUACUGUCUGACACCCUCGUUGGCCAAGACACUGACUCCCCAGACAGCCUGUGCACUCAGAACAACAACUUCCAUAGCUGCACCCACCAGGGCGACCCCAGCUUGAUCAAUCCUGCCCUGGGCCUUCUAGAACCUCCACCUCCGGCAGCUUCCUCCAAGAGCCGGCUGUCCCUAGAGCGCAGCUUUUCAGCAGAGGAGGACCAGCAGAAGUGCGUGGAGUGUUCCCUGCAGCCUGCUCGGGUCUACACCAUCACCGGAGAGAGCGGCAUGCUGGGAACCAGCAGGGGAAGCAAGGAGAACCUGGAGCUCGAGGUCUUGAAAGGGGCGCAGGAGGCAUGUCAUGCCCAAGCGCUCGCCCAGCUUUCUACAUCCUCCAACUCAUCUUCUCCUACCCAGCACCACCACCGCCACCAUGGAAGUGGAAGCGGAAGUAGAUCUGGAAACCAGCAACACAGCAACCCAUAUCAUGUCAACCACCAUCACAGCAACACCAGCGCAAGUGGAAGCAGCGGAACCAGUGGCGGAAAUGGUGGAACAAACCCCCACCAGCACAUCUCCAGUGGGGGAACGUCGCACCAUCAACACGGGGUGCCCCAUCACCACCACCUUUCACAGCCUCUGCAGAGCUCGGUCAGCGCACACAACAUCCGAGGCUGGGGGGAGGGAAAGGACUGCGGCCUGGUGUGCGAGGCCUGUCCCGGGGCUCCCUCGCGUAGUCAGGGCUCCCUUGACCUGGAAAGCAGCACCCGAGAGGCAGGCAAGCAGCGCCGGCCACCACUUGAGCGGAUGUGCAGUGUGGACCGCAUGACUGGGCUGGAGCGAGAAGAUAACAGUUGGUUCCCUAAAGAGAGCAUGUUCAGCUUUCAGACUGCUACAACGACCAUGCAGGCGAUUUCGAAUUUCCGGAAGCAUUUGAGAAUGGUGGGAAGCAGAAGAAUGAAAGCACAGACAUUUGCAGAGCGCAGGGCGAAGAGUUUCAACCGAUCCUGGAGCGAUCCGACCCCUGUCAAACAAGACUCCUUAAACGACUCAAAAGACAGUGGGGAUGUGCAGACGACCUGCGGACCUCCAGAGGAGAGCGGAUGUGCUGAAGACAUGGACUGGGAGGAGGAGAGAGAGAUGGAGAGACUAGCAUGUGAGGGGGACGACUUCAUCCCUCCCAAAAUUAUGCUGAUCUCAUCUAAAGUUCCUAAAGCAGAAUAUGUUCCCAACAUCAUUCGAAGGGAUGAUCCAUCUGUUAUACCCAUACUCUAUGAUCAUGAGCAUGCCACGUUUGAUGAUAUUUUGGAGGAGAUUGAGAAGAGACUGACAGCCUACAGGAGGGGCUGUAAGAUCUGGCGCAUGUUGAUCUUCUGUCAGGGCGGCCCGGGGCACCUGUACCUGCUGAAGAAUAAAGUGGCCACUUUUGCCAAGGUCGAGAAAGAGGAAGACAUGAGCCAGUUUUGGAAACGUCUGAGUCGGUUUAUGAGCAAAGUGAAUCCAGAGCCAAACCUCAUCCACAUCAUGGGUUGCUACGUCCUGGGCAAUCCGAAUGGAGAGAAGCUGUUCCAGAAACUGAAGAACCUGAUGAGGCCUUAUUCUGUCACGUUUGAGUCACCGCUGGAGCUCUCCGCUCAGGGCAAAGAGAUGAUUGAGAUGUACUUUGAUUUCCGUCUGUUUCGACUUUGGAAAACACGGCAGCACUCAAAACUCCUGGACUACGAAGAUCUCUUGUGACCCGUCGCGGGUCAGCGCGUAGCAUUGUGUGCAGGACGUCCCACUGUAAAAGUCCGCUCCACCAGCUUUCAUUUCGGAGCACAGGGGGAAGAGGAGUGGAGAUGGACACAGCCACUUCGCUGCCAUCGCUGCGCCUCGAGUAUUGUUUAUUUCAGCUCACCUCUGUGGACUUCGGCCACCUCAGAACGGUAACGCUCAACAAAACAAAUGGUUCAAAACACAAGAGAAAUCCGGAUACGUGGUGUUUUUGUUCUCUAAUGGAGAAAAGAGAAGCCGUCUCUCAGAACUGGUUGACAAUCUGUUGACUGUUUUUGUUUUUAACUCACCAACGAUUAUCGCUCACUAGCCGAGACCGUUGUGCUUACAAAAGUGUCGCGCUGAAACAUACCUACCAGAACACAAAAAUGGUCAUAUAUCAAAUAACAACUAAUAUAUCGGUAUACACACAGGAGAUACAUCUCAUGAGUAUAUAGAGUAGCUAAAGUCAUGCAAAUAAUCUAAAUGUCAGUGGUACACAAUUUCAUUUUUCAAUGUUUAUCGUCAUGGUCUUUCUAAUGAACUAUUUUGAAUAACUCAGGUUUUGGGAUUUACAGAAAUACUAAUUACUUCCCUAUCCCAAUGUGUGGAAGUCAUUUAGGUGGAAAGAAUGUACAUUCUGCCAACAUACUUAUAUGUGAUCAUUUCAGAAGUUUAGGAAUCAUUUGUCACGUUUUGCUUUUGGCAUAACUCAUGUCUCCAUAUUAUAUGCCAGUAACAGUCCCUCAAAUGUAAAACAUACACUGUAGGCCCACACCCCAAAACACAAUCAUACAGUCCCUAAACUGAGAAAUUGUGACUUCCAGGCAUACUGUACAAUAAUAGAGACACUGACCUCAACAGUACUAUAAGUACUACCAUUCAAAAGUUUGGUGUCAGUAAAAUAAUAAUAAUAAAAAAACUUGUAUUCAGCAAGGAUGCAUUAACUUGAUCAAAAGUGUCAGCCAUUUUUAAUGUACUGUAGCAAAAUGUAUCUACUUCAAAUAAAUGAUUUUCAUUUAAUCUUGCUGUUUGUCAAAGAAUUUUUGUACAAAAAAAAAAAAAAAAAAAUUCAGCACGACUGUUUCAAACAUUGCUAACAAUAAGAAAUGUUUCUUGGGCACCAAAUCAGCAUAUCAGAAUGAUUUCUGAAGAUCAUGUGACACUGAAGUCCGAAGUAAUGACUGCUGAAAAUUCAGCUUUGCAUCACAGGAGCAAAUUACAUUUUAAUAUAUAUUCAAAUAGAAAAAAACACUUAUUUUAAAUAAUAUUUUACAAUAUUCCUCUUUAGCAUUUUUGAUCAAAUCAAUGCAGUCUUGGUGACCAUAAAUCGAACCUUUACCCAAACCUUUGAAUGCUAGUGUUUGUACUGUAUACUAAAAAAUAUGACAUCAAUAGCUUCUGGCAUUCACAAAUAAGGCUGGAUUCCUUUCAUAACAAUUGUGAAUCAUGCUUGGCUCCACAUGAACCCUUUUUCUUGAUGCGUGUUUGUUUUCAUGAUUUCAGAAGCCAGUUUCUCCCUAACCAAAUGGUUUUGGGUUCACACCAUCAGCUUUAGUGUGAAAACCGCCGUUUUUCAUACUUCUCUCUAUUUAGUCUAAAGUCGUUGGUGUUGGGGGGUCGUGAACAGGCAUUAUUCUGAAGGUCACUGUGGCCUUAUGGGGCAGGAUGUUAUUUGAUGGCCGUACAUGGAUAAUAGAACCAUUUAGACCUUUUUAUGGCAGCUUGCAGGUGUAAACUCUAUGCAUUCUUCUUCUUCCAUUAGUAGCUUUCAAAGGUUUGGAGUUGUUUUUCAUGUGUAUCUUUAUGAAUGUUCUAAUGUACUCUGCUAAUAAGCCAUACCCUCUUACAGCAAGCUGCUUAGACUGAUGGCUCUUUGAUGUGGAUGGCUUCAGGCACUCAUGAAGAACUUCCAUUUUUUUAAUGUAUCCACAAUGCAAAUUGGCCACUCCUUUGGUGUUGUUCAGGCAAUCUUUAACUUAACUGAUAGACAGAAUGAGGUCUUGCCCCAUGGAAAUAAGUAAAGCCGCAAGUAUGCUGCGCCAAGCCAUCUUAGAUAUGAGAGGGAGAGGAAAGGGAUUCCAACUACAUUCUAAGAAAAUAAUAGCUACGUACCUUGCUAAGAUGGGAAUCAUCUGGAAUGCAUUACAUUCGAUUUAGAUAUGAUUUAAAGGUGUUUUUUACCUUAUCCCUUAUACAAUUUAAUAUGGAUAUGUAGCACAACAUAAGAUUUAUUUCCUAGAAAAGUAUAAAUACUGUGUUUCAACCAAUGGCGCGAGUUGGGGGUGGGAUUAAUCUGUUCAUUCAAAAGGGUUGUUGAUGGGGUGUAACAAUACACUCGUCUCAUGGUUUGAUUCGAUGCAAAAUGCACUAUAUUUCCUCAAAAUAAGGUACUCUCACGAUGCAAACAGAGCCAAAAUUAGUUAAAUAGAGAGUUCACCCGAAUGGCAAAUUCUGUCAUAUGUGACCCUGGACCACAAAAUCAGUCAUAAAUUGCAUGAGUAUAUUUGUAGUAGUAGUCAACAAUACAUUGUAUGGGUCAAAAUGAUUGAUUUUUCAUUUUAUGCCAAAAAAAAAAAAAAAAAAACACAUUAGUAUAUUAAGUAAAAAUCAUGUUCCAUCUUCCUUAAUAUUUAGAUUUAUUUGUAAAAAAGAAAAAGAAAAAAAAAAAAAGAUUUUAUCUCUGACAAAUAUUUUCCAGUCCUAACAAAACAUGCAUCAAUGGAAAUGUUCCAGGGUCACAUAUUUACUCACCCUCCACUUGUUCUAAACCUCUAUGAAUUUCUUGCAGCUGUUGGAGACAUAAGAUAUUUUGAAGAAUGUGGUUAACAAAACAGUUGAUGGUAGCCAUUGACUUCCAUAUAUGGAGGGAAAAAAAAAACUAUAGAAAUCAAUGGCUACCGACAACUGUUUGGUUACCCACAUUGUUCAAAAUAUCUAAGUAUAUCGAAAUAUACACACAAUACAUAUUGUCGCUAUCCACGAUACAAUUUAUUGCAUUUCUGUAUUAUGAUAUAUUAUGACGCAAUGUAUUGUUACACCCCUAGUUGACGACAUACCUUUGGUCAUAUAUACAUCUUUAAUCACAAAUGAUGCAAAAAAAAUGUUUUAGCGUACACAUACUACCAAGAUAUGUUAGAAAUUCAUGCACUCAUUUUAAAGGUACAAAAACUGUUCCAAUUUGGAAGACAUUCACAAAAGCUAGUGAAGAAAAGCUUUUAAUAGUCUGCGGAGUUCGACUUAGAGUGUGUUCGGAUAUAGAAUACAGUAGGGUUCUGUUGUCAUACUGCUGUCUCUCUGGUCUAGUUGACACACCACUUCCCCUAAAGGCCUGCACCCCGACCAGAGAAUAGGUCGCAAAUGAAUUGGACCUGAUCCUUUAGCAAUUCCAGUCAUUAUGGGGCCAUCUGUGACUCACAGCAGGCAUCAGAGAGCCUGGCAUGUCAUAGAGAAAGCGAGAGAAUCUGCCAUACUACAGACAACAACAUCACACUAGCGGGAACAUUUAGUGAAUGUUAUCUCGGGACGUCUAGUAUGAACAGAAUGCAUCAAAUAGAGGGCAGUCGUGUCACUCAUCUCACUUAUUACAACUGUUCUGUACAAAUGGUUGCACAUUUAUUCAUUUACUUUUAAUGAAUAGUGUUUCAAAGCUGUUUUGUUUAUGUAGCAAUAUACAGUAUGUGACUCCUCUAUGAUGUAAAUGGUAAUGUUUUGAGAUUUUUUUACUUAUUUAUUACAUUUAUUAUUUAUUUAUGAUAUUUAUUAUGUAGUUGUGCUGGACAGAAAUGACUGAUUGUGCAAAGCAUUAUUUUUUUUAGUUACUGAGGAAUCUUGAUUCUUCUACACACAAAGCUUUGGCAAUGUCUGAGGAGUCCACUUUUUAAAUUAAUGUUAUCUUAUUAGCUUCAAAAAAUAUCUCCUAGUAACACUUUACAAUAAGAGUCAAUUUGUCAUCAUUAGGUGCAAUAAACAACAUGUUUUUAUUAAUCACUGUUAUUGUUAUAUUAUUUAUAGACUUUUAUAGUUAUAGUUUUUUAAUAUAUUUUUAAUUGGGUUUAUUUUUAUUUCAGUUUUAGCAAUUUUAUUUUAUUUAAAUUGUAUAUUAUCCAAUUAUCCAAAAAAAAUUUUUUUAAUAGGUUGUUAACAAUGUCGACUAUUUUAUUAAUAUAUCUUAAUUUUAUUCAUUUGAAUAGAAAUAUAUUAUUGUUCACUGUUACUUCAUCAUACUAUAAAUGAAUCAUGUAUAAAUAAUGCUAUUGUAUAAUGAUGUUAGUUUAUACCACCUGAAAUGAAAAUAUAGUUAAAUAUGUUUGAAUAAGUAAAAAAAAAACAUUAACUUUGAUUAAUAAAUGCAGUGCGUAUUGUUUAUGAAACCCUUUACAUUAACUACAGUCAUGUUAACAAAUUGAACCUUAUUGUAAAGUCAUACCAAUCUCAUUUUAUGCAAGAUGUAAACAGAGAUGGUUUAUAGAAGGCUGACAAGUUCAGUUCCUGCCUAAAUAUCAUGUAUAAGCCAAUCCCUAACCCCUAAUCAAAAAGAUUUGGUGGUAGAGGUUGACUCUAAACCAGCUAGUCAACAGAAUGUGCAUAUGUUAAAAUUGGCAUUGCUUAUUAACAUAGUUUGAUGUCACUCUACGUAGCCUCAGCUUUUGCUGUGUUUGGUCAUUUAAUGUAUUCCUAUUGUUGUUGGGCCUAAACUAAUUAUGUGUAAAAAUGUAUUAAACGAGCGGUGCUGUAAUUUUUUUAGACAAAAGAUUUAUUUAUUCAAACAUAUAAGGUAUUUUUAUGAGACUUUAUGGACAACAGUAUGUCGGUAUUUGUUUUUAUUCACAAUUUUAGUAGCCUUUAUUAGGCAUUACGGUCAAGAAAGUCUAUAAUAUCUGGAGACAGCUGUCUGUAAGCAUUUCCAUUCAUCGCAACUGUACUUCCUAAAAGUAUGUGACACUAAAAUAUAAAAUUUUUGCUCAUAGUUAGGUCUGCAUCAUGAGAAAAAGUUGAUUCCUUGCUUCCAGUGAGAGUACAAGGAAAAAUAUUAGAGGUAGUAUAUACAGUAUUAUUUUAUAUCUAAUGCAUAGAAGCUUUUUUCAAUGUAUGUGUAUAUAUAUAUAUAUAUAUAUAUAUAUAUAUAUACUGUAUAUAUAUAAUUGAGAUAUAAAUGCAAAGUUGUGGUAUCUAAACUCAAAAUAUAAAAAUUUUCUAAGAUAUAAUGAAUUGUGAAAUGUAAACUUGUAAUUACAAGUAAGAAAAGUCCAAAUUCUGAGUUAAUAUCUCAAAAUUUGGUGAAUUCUGAGAAAAGGUCUUGUUUUAUUUAAUGGCAAACAGGGCUUUCAUAUAUGUGACCCUGGACCACAAAACCAGUCUUGAGUUGCUGGGGUUUAUUUGUAGCAAUAGCCAAAAAAAAAUUAAAUAUGGGUCAAAAUUAUCGGCAUUUCUUUUAUGCCAAAAAACAUUAGUAUAUUAAGUAAAGAUCAUGUUCCAUGAAGAUAUUUUGUAAAUUUCCUACCGUAAAUAUAUCAAAAUUUAAUUUUUGAUUAGUAAUAUGCAUUGCUAAGAAUUCAUUUGGACAACUUCAAAGGUGAUUUUCUCAGUAUACAUUUUUUUUUUUUUGCACCCUCAGAUUCCAGAUUUUCAGCCAAAUAUUGUCCGAUAGUAAUAAACCAUACAUCAAUUAAAAGUUUAUUUGUUCAGCUUUCAGGUGAUGUAUAAAUCUCAAUUUCGAAAAAAUUUACACUUAAGUCUGGUUUCGUCGUCCAUGGUCACAUAUUUCAACUCUUGCUGAUCAAGCACUACACUUAAUGCAUUUAAAUGGUUCUCUGGUCAGUUAUAUACCGAAUAAAUUUCUAACAAAGGUGCUGUUACAGGCCGGCCUUUCAGUUCACUCGAAAUGCCCUUGAGUAGCAGAAAUUCUCCUUAAACUUUAGUCUGCUCUCAUGUUUUCUCUCUCUUUCUGCCCAUCUCACAGCGUCCCGGUCAUGUGUGUGGGGAAAUUAGCAGGAGCACAGGUGUGCCAGAGCUCAUUAGCUUUAUAAGAGACUUGAUAGAUGGUUUGGUUUUCAGAACAUUACACUCCAACCCUCUUCACAUCAUAUGAGAUUGUGUUUUAUAAUUGAAGACUAUGAAUAUUCAACAAAAACACAUGCUUUUUGUCUAUUAUUCUGUGCCACUUGAGAGCUGGAGUGUGUGUACCAUCAAGGAUAAUACAUUUUUUUGUCGUUUCCAUGAAUAAUGAUGACGUUAUUGUUUUUGUUUUGUUUUUCAAGAUAGGUAUUGUAGAUAAGAAUUACAUAACAGAUAUACCUGGUGUUGAUUAUGAUCACUGAAAUAUCUACAUCUGAAGAUUUGUGUCUUGUGCAUUUCAUGGUGUAACUCAAUCAUUGUGCUGGAGAUUUAACUCGUGUGGCAAUGUAUGCAGUUGCUGGAUAUUCCAACAUGCUGGCACUGAGCGGGUGCAAAGUGUUUCUAAUGCUUUUCUUUUCUAAUAAAAUAUUGU